AUGGGUUCUGCGUCGCCGUUGAUAGCGAACCAUCAGGAUGAAGUUCAGAUUGAUUCUGUCCACUUCGCAUCCUUCGAUUCUCUUCCAAACAAGCGACAAUUAUGGCCGGGAUCACCGGGCUCGCGCGAAGAAGGACUUGGUCGAUUGGUGCUUUUGACGCCUGAAGUUGUCGCAGCUGCAGCUGCGAGUUCUAUUCGUUCUGGUCGCCGUGUGAGUGUCGGCUGGGAGCUGACCAAGCUCGAAAUCGCCAAUUUCAACCGGCUGCCGUGCGAACAUCGGAUUGUGCCAUUGCUAGAUGGCAUGGCAUUUGACGAUAUCUACACCUUCAAUCCCCAGCAGAGCAGUCAAUGGGAUGGCCUACGCCAUUUCUCGCAGCUGUGCCCGACCGACUUGGAUCCGAAACGGAGGCUAUUUUACGGCGGUGUGACGAAAGAGGAAAUCAGAGAUCCCCAGAAUCACCGGAUCGGCUUACAAUUUUGGGCUCAAGAAGGCAUUUGCGGUCGAGGCGUCCUGCUCGAUUAUGUCUCGUACGCGGAGCGGAGAGGUGUCUCGUAUUCGACCUUCAGUGAUCACUCAAUACCCUUGUCGGUACUGCUCGAGAUUGCGGAAGAGCAGAAUGUGACGUUUCGCCGAGGAGAUAUUCUUUUCGUCCGCGUGGGCGUCACGAAGGAAUGGGAUACGCAGAUGACGCCUGCGGACAAGAACGCAUAUGCCGAGUCCAAAAAUCCACAGCACGCAGGAAUUGAAGGCACAGAGGAAAUGCUCCGCUGGAUCUGGAAUACUGGCUUUGCUGCCGUUGCCAGUGAUGCCAUCUCUUUCGAAGUAUACCCUCCCAAGAAGUCUUAUCCUAGAGCCAAUGGACAAGAAGUCGAGGGUUUGUUUAUGCAUGAGUAUCUCCUCGCGGGAUGGGGCAUGCCGAUUGGCGAGUUGUUCGACUUGGAGGGUCUAAGCCGCUUGUGUCAAGAGCACAAACGUUGGGAAUUCUUCGUGGCCAGCGCACCACUUAACAUGCCCGGCGGGGUGAGCAGUCCGCCGAACUGCAUUGCGAUUUUUUGA